CUGCGACAAUGGCUGCGACGUAGAGCAACUUUUGGAUCUGGGGUUGAUGAUCGACAGCUCUCCGCGGCGCCGCCAACUUUUUCUGACUUGGAGGAGACGCCGUGCGGACGCAGGACAAUGAAGAAGCAGUUUAACCGCAUGAAGCAGCUGGCCAACCAGACUGUUGGAAGGGCUGAGAAAACUGAGGUUCUGAGUGAUGACCUCCUUCAGAUCGAGAGGAGAAUGGAGCUGGUGCGCUUGGUGUCGCACAACGCGCACAAACGGCUGGUGUCCUGUCUGCAGGGUCAGCUGGGCACGGACACAGAGAAGAGACAUAAAAAGCUGCCGUUGACUGCGCUGUCCCAGGCCAUGCAGGAGGGAGGCAAUCAGCUGGGCGAUGAGAGCCUGAUUGGCAAAAUGAUGGACGUAUGUGGGGAGGCAGAAAACCGAUUAGCCACGGAACUGAUGCAGCAUGAAUUACAGAUCGAGAGAGAUAUUUUAGAGCCUCUCAACCAGGUUGCUGAGGUAGAGAUCCCCAAUAUCCUUAAACAGAGGAAGCAUCUCGCUAAGCUGGUUCUGGACUAUGACUCAGCUAAAGCAAGGUACUAUCAGGCAGCAAAGUCUAACAACCAGGCCAUGGCAGCUAAAGCCGAUUCGCUUAAAGACGAGAUGGAUGAAGCUCUCAACAGAGUAGAGAUAUGCAAGGACCAGCUGUCUGCAGACAUGUACAAUUUUGCUUCAAAAGAGGGAGAAUAUGCACGCUAUUAUGUCAUGCUAUUAGUGGCCCAGGCAGAGUACCACAGGAAGGCUCUGGUUGCUCUGGAGGCAGCUCUACCAACUAUCCAAAUACAGCAAGACUCCUGGACGGAGAAGCCAGCGUUUGGCAUGUUGCUGGAGGAGCACCUGAAGAGGAGCAACCGUGAGAUUGCUCUGCCCAUAGAGGCCUGUGUCAUGAUGCUGCUGGAGACUGGCAUGAAGGAGGAGGGUCUCUUUCGCAUAGCAGCAGGGGCCUCAAAACUGAAGAAGCUGAAAGCGGCGCUGGACUGCUCUACUUCUCAGCUCGAGGAGUUCUACUCUGAUCCCCACGCUGUCGCUGGAGCCCUGAAAUCCUACCUGAGGGAACUUCCUGAGCCGCUGAUGACCUUUAGCCUCUAUGACGAGUGGAUACAGGCCUCCAAUGUGUCUGACCCUGACAAAAGACUUCAGGCCUUGUGGGUGACAUGUGACCGUUUGCCAAAGACUCACAAAGCCAACUUCAGGUAUCUGGUGAAGUUCCUGGCUAAGCUGGCUCAGGACAGUGACAUCAAUAAAAUGACUCCCAGUAACAUUGCCAUCGUUUUGGGGCCCAACCUGCUGUGGGCCAAAGCAGAAGGGACGCUGGCAGAGAUGGCUGCAGCCACAUCAGUCCAUGUGGUAGCCAUCAUUGAGCCCAUUAUCCAACAUGCCGAUUGGUUCUUCCCUGAUGAGGUGGACUUCAAUGUUUCAGGGAUGUUCUCCAUGCCCUCUCAUCCAUCCACCCCGGACCCCGAGCAUGGCUUGGACAGGAAACGUCCCGGCAGCCUGGGGCAGGACGGGGACAGUCACGCUCCCCGUAAAGACAGGUACCUGUCUCGCCCCAACCUCAGCCUCAGCCUGCCCCUCACCCUCCCGUCUCGCCCCAAGACACUGAGCAGGCAGGAGUCUCGGGGACCAGCUGUGUCAGCCUUUUAUGUAGUGGCCGACGAGUCCAUCACAGUCACUGAAACACCCACUGAAGAUCUGCCCACGUCUGUCAGCGCUCUCGCUGUUCUCCUGUCCCUCUCGGCCUCGUGCUCCGUCACUCUGUUCAACGGCAUAUGGUUUGCCCUCCUGAACUCUCUCCCCUCUCCCCCCCUUUAUAGCCCUGUUAACAAACAGCCGGAUCCCCUUCCACGCAGAGGCAGCGCUGUUAAUAAAAAGCAGACACAACUAACCUCACCCACCUUCCAAUCCUUUCUGCCCCCUCUGGAAGCCGGGCGUCCCAGCCAGCUUGAGCCGAAGCCCCAGGGUCUGCCCCCGGCUACAGAGGCGGAGCAGCCUGGCCUGACUGUUGCUGGUAUUGGUGGUGGUGCUCUUGGGGGUGGGGUCCAGGUAGCCACAGUGCAGCCACAGGUUGUAACCCAGCUCAGCGCAGAGGACAGCAGCCCAGCCCGUGAGCUCAUGUCCACCCCUCCUCCACAGAGGAAUGGGUCAGUCCACCUUACAGUAGGAACCCCGCACUCUCAGGGUGGGUCACGAGGACCUAGCCCACAUCUGGGCCGGAGAGGCACCAAAAAGCAGGCACCGGCACCACCCAAACAGGCCAGCCCUUUCACCUCUCAGUCCAGCAACACACAGGCGCCCGGCUCGCCCCAUUACCCGCCCAUCAUGCCCCGUCGUCACACCAGCAGGGAAAGCAUCCAAGUCCCGAGCCACCCUCCUCCACAGCCCCCUCCUCAGUCCCACAACGCGCAGGGGGACCCAGAGCCAUCUCCCCCCAGCACCCCCACCCCGCCUGACACUCCACCUCACGACGGAUCUCACCCCAACGCGCUCUCCGGAUCUCUGCAUCGCCCGUCAAGGCCCACUCCAAAGCCGCGGCUGCGACCCAACAUGCCCCCACCCCCGCAGCCGGCGGCCGACGACACGGGUAACGGCAUCUGCAGCUCUGCCUCCAAGAUCAUCACAGAUGGAGGUUUCGUUUGGAAGGGGGCCGGAAGAGCGUUCAUCCCCCAGGUGAUUGAGAACCAAGUAGAGGAGGGCUCUGCUGGUCAAGAGUCCGCCACCAUCCCAGAACCUCUCAGCCGGACAGAGAGCACCGUUCUGUGA